AUGAGAAUCUCAGAAUUGGUAGCUAUAUUGACUCUCGCGUCACUCGCUACCACCUUCAAGUUGACAUUCUUUUAUCAUGCCACUCAGUAUAUUGAGUGCCCCAUUUUACCCAAUUCAUGCAUAUUGACCAACAACAUAAAUAUGGCAGAUGAAUUCACAUACGAAUAUCCAAACUUAUUGCUCGAUGGAAAAAUAAUUGGUGUAGGUCAAUACAAUUAUAUUACUCCUGGAGGUGAAUUCGGUUCAUUCACUUGGACUAUGUCUCCCGAAGGUGAUAUUCUUGAAGUAGAUCCACCAAUAUAUCGUUGCUCCUAUCGUUUAUUUUCAGUUCAAAACAAUAACUGCGAACUUGUUAAAGAAUUCAAUGUGCUAGGCUACGUGCCACUUGUUCCUUCAGAAGAAACAACAGAGCCCCCAGAAGAGACAACUGAACCAUCAGAUGAAACUACCGAACCUUCAGAAGAGACAACGGAACCUUCAGAAGAGACAACGGAACGCUCAGAUGAAACUACCGAACCUUCAGAAGAGACAACCGAACAAUCAGAAGAAACAACCGAACCCUCAGAUGAAACUACUGAACCCUCAGAUGAAACAACCGAACCCUCAGAUGAAACUACCGAACCCUCAGAUGAAACUACCGAACCCUCAGAUGAAACUAUCGAACCUUCAGAUGAAACUACCGAGCCUUCAGAAGAGACAACUGAACCAUCAGAUGAAACUACCGAACCUUCAGAAGAGACAACGGAACCUUCAGAAGAGACAAUGGAACUCUCAGAUGAAACUAUCGAACCUUCAGAAGAGACAACCGAACAAUCAGAAGAAACAACAGAACCCUCAGACGAAGCUACCGAACCUUCAGAUAAAACUACCGAAUCCUCAGAUGAAACCACUGAACCCUCCGAAGAGGAGACGACCGAACCUUCAGAAGAUACAACUGGACCCUCAGAAGUGAUAACCGAACCAUCAGAAUCAACUACGGAACCUACUUCAGAAGUAUCAACAACUGAACCAACGUGGGAGGAAUCAACAACUGAACCAACUUCAGAAACAACUGAACCUACUUCAGAGGAAUCGAUAACUGAACCAACUUCAGAAGAAUCAUCAAGAACUGAACCUUCUUCAGAAGAAUCAUCAAGAACUGAACCUAAUACAGAAGAAAAAACUACCGAAUGUAAAGAUGACAAUGAUUGCCAAACAUGCACAACAAUUCAGACAGUUUAUUAUUCCCUGGUUGAAGAGGUUCAUGAUACCUUGACAAAUGCCGUCUCGAAAUCUGAAGAACAAGUCUGUGAAGAGUUUAUUGAAAAAGUCAUUACUAGAGUCAUCCAGAGCACCUUCUAUUUUGAAACUAUCACUGUUAACAAUAAUGAUGCCAGUGAUAGUACUGGUAGGAGCAAUGGUGAAGGUGAUGUUGGCAGAGAAGUUAACCCUUCUGUGGUAGCAGGUGUAUCAGAUUAUGCGGAAGUGGGAACCAGACCAGGAUUUACCGUAGUUGGAAUUUUAGCUUUUAUGUUUUGGUUUGUACUUUUUGUUUAA